AUGGAUUCAACGGGCUCAACGGGUACCCUGACUCGACCAGGGGAGCUCUGGCAACAAUCUGCAACCAAAUGGCAGCAAUCCACGAUGGAUGCAUGGCAUCGGUCCACCGCCGUGUGGCACGAUUCGAAAGACCGAUGCCACCAGUCGACAAUGGAAGUCUGGCACCGGUCGGCGGACUCGUGGAAUCAGUCCAAGACAAUCUGUCGCCAAUCGACUGCCGGGUUGUUAGCACGAUCGGCCAACAGGAUAUACCAGUCAACGGACCGAUUCCAGCAACUGGCUGCUCUUGAACCUCAGACUGAGCAGAGACGCCCGACCGUGCAAGUUGCGCAGGCGAGUGCCCCAUCAAUAACAACCGCCAUCCAAUUCGCAGAAGUACCACAAGCCACUCAACCACCAGAACUCGCUCCAUCGCCGGAGGCCCCGAAGUUAUCGCAGUGGGAGAAGUCGACGCAGUCACCCCAAUCACAGUACUCUCCUAUUUCCUCUGUGUCGUCGCCAUCAGCAUCACCACAGUCACCAUCCGAGACAGGUACCGAUUCGACGGCAUCUUCACCGCUGUCGAUCGAUCUUUCAAUACGAAAGCGACGCCCGGAUGGGCAGAUACGGGGACUGCUCGGAUUUACCGAUCACGUUUCCACCCAAGUCAAAGAGGCAAAGCGCCUCAGGGACUCCAAGUCAACUCACCUGGGUGAGAUUGAACGUAAUUGGGUCAAUUCAACCAUUGCCGACGCCGACGACUCGGCUCAGGAACUGGCCGAUCUCCUUGAGCUAUGCCGUUCGGAUAUGGCAAAGCGCAAGGGGAGGGGCAAAAUCAGUUCUGCAAACCGCAAGCGUUGGAAGCUUCGAGACUAUAGACUCGCCGAGGAAAGACAGUCUCGGUUGAUUCGGCACCAAUGCCGACUCGAUCGGGUAUUGAAUCAUCUCCAAAACCUCAAAAUUCCUCAUGAAGUUCUGAUCCCAGAGCACAUAAAGGAAUCUGCUGCAGAGCUCUCAGUUACAGAGCCCACGGCCAGGUCUGCUGUGGAACUCCCAAACGACACGACGCUUGAGUCUCCACCAGCGAUGGCGGAGCUUCCCUCUUCACAAGCUAUAAUCACGCGAAAGCCUGUGCCUGUCCUCGCUGAAUUACCCGGCGAGUCCACUAUAAUACGCAUAAAGCCCGCGAAAGACAUACCCAAAGUAAUCGUCACAAACACUCCAGAUGGCUCGUCGUUUACUCUUAUCGGAAGCCCGGAUACGCCUCAUUCAACAUAUGAAAGUAAAGAAAUGAAUGAACUACUGUCCUGGAAACAGACACGAAACGAUAUUCGUCUCCAGCAAUCUGAAUCGCUCUCACAAAUUAUUUCGAAAAUGGAAAAUAACAGGCUAAAAUAG